AAUUUUCCCUCCUGCUGACGACCAGACUACAUACACUGCAGGAAGCAACCAGCCAAGCUCGUCGAGUUCUUCAGCUUUCGGAACCAAUCGGAAGUUCAAGGAACCAUCAGACAAACACUCAACAAGGGAGCACACACUUAACUAGAUCAAUGUUCGGCUUCAGCCAUACUCGAUGAGCACACGUCGUCGGAAUCCGAAUGGGAAUUGUUCUUCAAACCUGCACAGUGGUGAAGAUGCCAGCAUCUGGCGAGACCUCUACCAACGCCUAAACCAACUCAUCGCAGCCCAGGACCGCACCAGCCAGUCUGCCCUCCAACUCUCCAAACUUCUUGCCCCCCAUGAGUCCAUCUCCGCUUCACUCGACACUCUCUCCAGACACGUCACCGAUGAGCUCGGGAUCUUGGAUGUUUGCCUCGAAAGGCUCGGGAUCUUGAUUGCUCUUCGGGAAGCGCCCCCUGAUCCACCAUUGCAAGGUCGUUCAACUAAAAAACGUCGAUUGGAACCGGCUAGUUCAGCGGGCUCAUGCGAUCGUGGUGUCUCACCACUCGCAAGCACAUCGACGUCCAACAGCCAGACUCAGGCAACUAGCGAGCAGCCCAAUGCGGAUUCGCCAGCCAGUCGCAUCUCCUCACCCGUCCCACUCUCCUCUCUGCCGCCGAUGUUCACCCAAACCCAGACUCGAUCUCAGGUAGGCUCACGCUCAAGCACCCCGAUCUCCGACGGGAGCACCUCCAAGAAGACCGACUCCUCGAGUACCAUGAGUGCCCGGCCGACCAGCUUGAGAAUCGACAGGCGAGUUGCCUUCAGAGAUCAACUCCCACUGCUCCCCGGCCGUUUGGUCGCCUUUAAAUGCCCUAGGAAACCCUCUGAUCACCCUGCUGAGGAACAUUGGAUCAUGGCCAAGGUAGUCAAAUGUAUCUCUGGAGAUAGGAACCGCUAUGAAGUGGAAGAUGUAGAUGAGGAAGGACGGAAGGGUUCGAAACAGUUCAGCUGGAACACGACGCUCAAGUCGAUCAUCCCACUGCCAGUCAAAGACCAUCCCGACACCUAUCCUCCAGCAGUCCUCCCCCCAGGCACCACCGUCCUAGGCCUCUAUCCUGAUACGACGACUUUCUACAAGGGUAAGGUCAAAUCAGGCCCCUCUGACAGGGCGCGCAGGUAUAAGGUCCUCUUCGAGGAUGAUGCCGACACUGGCGCGCUCAAUGUUGGUAUGGAACAUCUCGUCCCAAUCACUUGAAGUUGAUCUAUCUAUCAGCCUGCUCGAUGCUUGCUCCAUUUUCUUCUUCUUCUUCUUCUUUUUCGCCUGUUUUUCGAUUUGUUUUUUUAAACUUGACUCCCUGGCCAAGCUGUGUAUGUUUUCUUCAACAAAAGAGAAAUAAAUCAUAACCUCAGUUCAUUAAGUCAAUCAACAAUUGCGGAACCUGAUCUGGGA